GGGGAAGAGGAGGGCGGAGAGAUGGUUAUGAUUAAUAACGUAGAGACAGGUAACACCAGAACAUCAUUUGGCUGCUACAAGUCCAGGGUUUUAUUUGCACAGCCCUGCGGAAAAUUGUUUGGCAGGACCGCUAGAGGCAGUCUGAAUACAUAAAGUGGUGUGUGUGUGUGUGUGAGAGAGAAAAAAAAAGAGAGAGAGAGAGAGAGAGAUCUCAAAUGAACAGGAAUAGAAAGCAGCCACAGGUCAUUUAUUCGUGGGAAGGAUUGCCAAACGCAUUGGGGCAGAGAGACAGUGGUGGAGGUUGGAGAGGCAUGUCAGCCACAGGGAAGACUUCAGCAGCGUGGGCAGCGAGAAGAUCUCGUUUGGAUCUGGCUGCCUCUUACCAACACGGUAACUUACGGGGUCGAAUGCAGAAUAUCGUGCAAGACUCUAUCGACAGCUCAGAGGAUGAAUUCUUCGAUGCACGAGAGGAGGUGGUGGAAGGUAAAAGCGCUCUGUUGUUGGGGAUGAGUACGUGGAACUCCAAUGACUUGGUGGAGCAUAUUGAGACCAUAGGAAAGCUGGGUGACAGCCAAGGUGAGAUAUAUGGCGAGUCCCUGACCAGACAAGGAUGCCCCACUCAAGCGAGCGUGGAGGAGAUGGAGGAUGUAAAGAAGUGCAAGGUGCGUGUGCUGGUCCUGGUUCUUCACGGGGGCAACAUCCUGGACACGGGGGGAGGAGACCAAAGCUCCAAGACCGCCGACGUCAACACCUUCACUUCAGUCCUUGAGAAGGUCACCACAGCCCACUUCCCAGCCGCCCUGGGCCACGUCCUCGUCAAGUCCGUCCCCUGCCCUCCCAUCUGCUCCGCAGCCUUCUCCCUGGUCUCCAAUCUGAACCCGUACAGCUACGACGAAGGUUGCUUGAGCAGCAGCGAGGACCACAUGCCCCUGGCAGCCCUCCCGCUGCUCGCCAUCUCCUCCCCGCAGUACCAGGAUGCGGUCGGCACAGUGAUCAGUCGAGCCAAUCAAAUCUACAGCGACUUCCUGAAGUCCGAAGAGGGGUCUGGAUUCGGUGGGCAGGUGUGUUUGAUUGGCGACUCUGUGGGGGGAAUCCUGGGCUUCGAUGCCUUGUGUUACAGUGCUCGCACCACAGCCGAGAGCCAGGACAGCAGCAGGAGGGGGAGCAGCAGCAGUAUUCAGGACAACGCACUUUCGACGGACGAGGCCGGGAGCGGCCUGACCACCAGCAAGAGGCUGAGCAAGAGCAACAUCGACCUGUCGGGCAUCGAUGCCGAGGAGUCGAGGCAAACGUUUCCGCGGAAGCAGAGCGACUCGUCCACCUACGACUGUGACAGCAUCACGCAGCAUCACGCCUUUCUGUCAAGCAUCCACUCCAGCGCACUGAAAGAAGACUCUGAGCUGCAGAGGACAAGUAGUACCAAUUUAUUAGAUGUAAACCCGGGAAGAUUUGACUUUGAAGUCUCCGACUUCUUUCUCUUUGGUUCCCCACUAGGCCUCGUUCUGGCCAUGAGACAGACUGUUCUUCCUUCAGUCGACGUGUGCCGGUUACGGCCCGCCUGCUCCCAGGUCUACAGCCUUUUCCACUCGGCCGAUCCCUCUGCAUCCCGGCUGGAGCCACUGCUGGAGAGGAGGUUCCAUCUGGUGGCUCCGUUCUGCGUCCCCAGGUAUCAGAGGUACCCUCUGGGGGAUGGCAGCUCAGCUCUGCUGGCUGAAGUCAUCCAGAGCCAGGCUGCCCUCUUCCUGGAGACCCUCAAACCCCCCACCUCGCCCGGCUCACUCCUGACACAGUCGCUCCGACUGACCCGACGAGGCAGCCAGACAAGCAUCACCAGCGAGGUCUCGGGAUCCUCAGAGAACAUCCUCGCUGCCAGCAUCGCCAACAUCACUGCAAAAUGGUGGGGAACGAAGAGGAUAGACUACGCGCUGUAUUGUCCGGACACUUUGACGGCCUUCCCCACUGUGGCGCUGCCCCACCUCUUCCACGCCAGCUACUGGGAAUCCACCGACGUGUUGGCGUUCAUCUUACGCCAGGUGAUGAGGUUUGAAAGUGCGGGCGUGAAGAAGAGCGAGGGGGGAGAUCCGGGGGCCUGCAGCGAAUCCAGCCCGCGGGAGAAGUGGCUUCGCAGACGAACCCACGUAAAGAUCCGGAACGUCACAGCGAACCACAGAGCCCACGACAGCAUCGUGGCGGAAGGCGGCCCUCAGACACUGGUGGGGAGGUUCAUGUACGGACCUCUGGACAUGGUCACCCUGACCGGGGAAAAGGUCGACAUCCUCCUGAUGACUGAGCCGCCAGCCGGGCGGUGGGUUUACUUCGACACCGAGAUCACCAGCAGCAGUGGCCGUGUCCUGUACACCAUCCCGCAGGGCAAGAGGUUAGGGCUCGGGGUUUAUCCUGUCAAGAUGGUCGUAAGAGGAGACCAGACGUGCGCUGAGAGCUACUUGACAGUGCUGCCCAGGGGUAUGGAGUGUGUGGUCUUCAGCAUCGACGGCUCCUUCGCUGCCAGCGUUUCCAUCAUGGGCAGCGAUCCAAAGGUCCGGGCGGGAGCUGUGGACGUUGUCAGGCACUGGCAGGACCUGGGCUACCUGAUCAUUUACAUCACGGGUCGCCCGGACAUGCAGAAGCAGCGGGUGGUGUCGUGGCUGGGCCAGCACAACUUCCCCCAGGGUAUCAUCUUCUUCUCCGAGGGUCUGGUCCACGAUCCCCUGCGGCAGAAGACCAUCUUCCUCCGCAACCUGGUGCAGGAGUCCCACAUCAAGAUCUGUGCCGCUUACGGCUCGAUGAAAGACAUCUCCGUCUACAACGUCCUGGGCAUGACCUCGUCUCAGAUCUACAUCGUGGGACGUCCGUCCAAGAAGUAUCAGAACCAGUGCAAGUUCCUCUCGGAGGGCUACGCGGCUCACUUGGCCCAGCUGGAGUUCGGGCACCGCUCGCGGGCCAAGAAGAGCAACUCGCGGAUGAUCCUGAGGAAGGGCAGCUUCGGGCUCUCGGCCCAGCCCGACUUCCUGAGGAAGAGGAACCACCUGCGCAGGACCAUGUCGGUGCAGCAGCCCGACCCUCCCUCCUGCAACCACAAGCCCGAGCGAGCCCAGAGCCAGCCCGAGACAGGCAAGGACGAGAGGCACCCGCACAGCAUCGCCUGGGCCCGCAGCGGAGGCUCCAAGUCAGAGCCCUCCGUGUGAAGGCACGAGAGGGUGGGAGGGGAUGGGUAGAGAGAGGGGGGGCAGGGGAUCUGAGAGGGGUGUGUGUGUGUGUGCGCGGCGGGGGGCGAAGCAAAGUAGUUCAAGCACGGUGCUGGUCUCCUUCUGCCUCACUCCAGCUUCGUCCAUCCAUCAUCUCCCCCGCCUUCCUUCCCCCACUCCCCCCACCGCCUCUUUGCAACCUUCCCAAACCUGGACUCGGGAAGAUCGGGAAGGUGGAUGGAAUCCUUGUUUACGUGAAGACACAGCAGUGCUGUGUAAAUAACAACACAAACAACCAAACCAACGAACACAAAGGAACUUCACCACCUCUCUCCUCCCC